AAAAUAAACCAAUCAUUACAUUUUUGUUCCGGUAAUGUAAGUUAUCUGUCCAUUUUGAGUGAAAAAUCAUGCUAAAUUAAAGUUUAAUGAUAUUUUCGGGCUGUGCUUUCGGUAUGCGAUGAUUGUUUAAACGUUAUAUUUCGCGAUAAAUUUCAUUUCGGACGUAUUUUGGAUAUGUAUUUGUGAUUAUACUGCAUAGGUGCAUACAUUGAACAAUGACUUCGAAAACCAAACGAAAGCAAUCCAUUAUCCAUAAGCUGAGAAAUCGGGAGGUUUCGGGUGUAUUUGAGAACAAUGUCGUAUCUCCUCAAAACAAAGCCAAGCUUUUAUUCGGUGAAAUACCUCCUCGUAUGAGAUUCCAUUUGAAAUCAGUCAUCGAAGAUAUGGGAAGCCAUAUACUCAUGGGAAUGACACAAUGUGGCCAGUUCAUGCUCACUUAUACUUUCACAAUGGAUCACGCUCAGACUAAUAAUAGAUUCACGUACGGCUCAUCUUGUUUCAAAUACCAAUUGCAUUGGUGGAGAUUCAAGAUCGGAGCUCCUGCAGUAUUGGUUGCUGAAGUUCAUCUGUUCGAGAAUCAAGAUAUACACGAUGUGCUUACGAUUGGCAUCGUUCAGUGGCCUUCUGUACCGAACAGAAUAUUGGUUUAUGGGCAAAGCUAUACUGCUCCUCAAGAUGUGGACGAUUCCGAGUUUCGUAAAUUGUAUAUCACUGUGACGGCUAUGCCCUCUUUGAAUAACUGUAAAGACUGCUUAAAUAUUAAACGUUGUACCCAGCAAGAUGACAUGGCCGAAAAUUGGGAAUCCGGAGUUGGUAGUCGAUGUUUACGACACGGUUUAACUGUUCAUACCAUGUUCAGCGUUUUCCCUCCGUAUCCGGCUAUCAAUUUAUCAGUAGCUGUUAAAGAUGAAAAUAGAAUUAUCGUAAACACAGGUAAUUGCUUGCAUGUCUUAUCUAUCGACCUCGAAGACACUUGCGAAGGUUUUAAACCUACCGAUGAGACCAUCGUAAAUGAAGAGCUACAUCACAGAUUGGGAGCAACGUUAUCGUCUAAAGGAUACGAUUACAAAGUUCUUGUGAUAAAUCACUUAAACGAUAAUUCGAACGAGCAAUUAUCAUCUAAGAAUAACAAACGAUUGCGAUCUAAAGCGUAUAAAUUCAAAUGUCUUCAAAAUUUCGACUGUGAUAAUCAGUGCGAAAACUGUAAAAUUGACUGCGAAGUACGUACCAGUAAAAGACCGAAGUGUACUUCGGUUCCUUUAGCGGUGACUAAAGAAGCCUGGCUACGACAACUUGCAAACAAAGUAUACGAUUUCGCCGAAUCUGACGAAAGUUGCAACCUAAAGUUUAAAUGGUACCGAAGACGUACCAUUGCCGAUAAAAUGUACGAAUUUUGUUCAGACGACGACGAAAAUGCCGAAAACAUUCAUCCUUUAUCUUUCCACAUCGACGGGACCAAGUCGGUUGGAGUUUACCGUUCGAAUACCUUAUACAAGGGGUUCUCAAACCCGACGAAUACUCAGAAAUCGAGCGAUAUCGAUUUAGAAGACGGUGACAUCGCGUCGGAGGCUUCGCAAAGCGACACGACCGAUUUCAACGAAUCGCAUUUACCGGUUUCGUCGCCUGUUCGAUGUAACCUCGAAUCAUCCAAUUUACUCGGUCGAGAAAAAUGCUGGAUUUACGAAAACGACGCCGAUAGUUCCUCCAGUAAAGCGAAUUGUUCGAAAUUAGUCGGCGGCCCAUCUCAGCUAAACGUUACCUGUGAUUCGGUAUGGCUGGAUUGGGAAACAACCUCGUUAUCGCCUCGAUCUGAUAUUAGUUAUUCGACAACGGCGAGCGGCGAAUGCUCCGAACUGAAAUCCGAUUCUGGUAGAUCGUUUUUAGAAAACUUACCUUCCAUGGGUUCCGAAUCGUAUUCGCCGAAAUGUGUAUCUCCUUUGGCUGUGAAAUGCUAUCCGGGUUGCGCUCAGGUUAACAAAGAUCGUCCUAAGAAAGAACCACCGGUGUUGAAGAAAUUUUUCUGUCGCGAGAAUAAUUUAGUAUUGAAGUUGCAUAAUUGCCAUUCGAAAAAUAUCCUGUCGAAAGAUGCCAAGAAACAGGCAGCUGUGAAAAAAAAUAAAAAAGAAACGAUCCCAGAUCGCUGCUCCGUUCCUGAUGUUUCGGUUAGAUUUGAAAGACGUUAUAUCGAAAUGGACGAAGAAAUAUUGUCUACAAUUACCGACAUCGAUGACGAAGACGGUGUCACUGGAUUCCAUUACGCUUUACCUCUUUCCGUACACGGAACGGGUUACGCUCAAAUGCAAAUGAUAGCCAACACUAAGGUAGAAAAAUUGAAUGUGCCAUGUUGCGUCGUACGUCAAGAUAGUUUGGAUAUCGAGCAAUUCUCGUAUAAGGCUGCUGUAAUCAUUUGCAAAUGCCAAGGAUAUAAGUUCUGGUUCUGUAACGAUUACGAUAUUGAAAUAGUCGAUGUGUGCCCAAUAAACGGUGAUAUUAUGGCUGUGGUGUUUAUGCGAAUCAACGCCGAACCUAUUAAACAAUCCGGCGCUCAAGAUCAAGGACCUAAAGAACCGCGUCAAUUUUUCGAAACACGUUGCGUGUUCAUUUGGAACGCUCGUUCGAAAACCUGUUGGUUGGAAGCGUACACUCCGCUGGUAGAGGAUCAGCAGAUGAUGUCGUUGAAUUUUAACAGUUCUACUCGUAAGAAUUGGAAUCCCGCUCGCACAGAAGCGGCUAAAUUGAAAUCAUUACGCUUGGGAUUCUUCGACAUUCCUCUUAUACGACCGAUUCUAUCGUUCGAGCAUUUAGUUCUGGAUAAUAUACGUUUCGGACCUUCCUUGGAAGUAAUCGAAGACGAAUACAACAUGAUUAGUUUCUAUCGCGAAAGAGACGAAAUGGUGAUUGGAAUAGCGGACGAGAGCGCCGACGAGUACACAGUAUCCGAUUACGAAAGCGAACCAAUUAUAUCUGAUUCAGAAGACGACAGUAACUAGUAUGGUUUAUUAAUUAAUAACAUAACGGAUAAUUUACCUAGUCGUGACCGUUAAACGUGUAUUUAUUUUAACGAUUGCCUAAAUCGUGUUUAAUUUACUUUCUUUUAUUUUUCAAAUGUCAUUUUCUUCAUAUACGUCGACCUAACGCUUAUCAAUUGUAUUUACUUCUCGAAAGACUAUUCAACAGGCUUCCGGAAGGCAAUAUUAUUAUUUUUUUUCUUCGCUUAGUUUAUAAGAUAUUAUUUAUGUGCGUAUAAUUUGUGAGUUUACACUGAACAAGUGCGAUAUUUUGUUUUAAAAAACACCCAUUUUUAUCAGUAUUUUUUUUCAUUUGCGCGGUUGCUUGUAUUUUGUAUGUGUGUCUGUGUGUGCAUUUUUAAACGAUAUGUGUGUUUUAGCCAAGCUUUCCCUGUGGUUGCGUUCGCGUAUUUGCACAAUCGUAAUAUUUUAAUCCCUUAGCUUUCGGCGAAUUUUAUCGUCAUUUUCAGACAAUCAUUUUCCUGGCAGGAGGAUUUUCUACUUAAAAAAAUAUAAUAUGCAGAUGCAGAUGCAGAUGCAGAAACAUAACAUUCGAGUUGUCAUGAUUCACGACGUACGAUUUUUAAAUGCCUCGCAGUUCUUUAUCGGUGUGUAUUUUUUUCCUGCGUAUUAUGAGGAGAAGGGGGAGUGGUGUGUUUAUUGUUGUGAUGUGAAUGAUAGUGGUAGUGGUGUUUUGUAAAUCGCGCAAACCCAAUUAUUGAAUUUAUUAUUUUUAGUUAUAUAAGUACCUACGAUUAUUUUCUCUUCAAUGUCUCCGAUCUGAAAUUAAUAAUAUUUAAUUAUUAUAUUCAAUGUAGAUGUACGUAAUUUUUUUUCUAAACUGUAAGCUAUUGAUGGAAUUAAAUUUACGUGGAUGUGUA